AUGUCACACAGUGGUGCACACCUCCGGAGCUACAGCCGAACAACGAAGCCAACGUAUCUUGCAGCUAAGUUAGACUCCCGACUUAACCGCAGAUGGGAAGCCUCCGUUUGGCUGGUAGUGGCUAUCCUGGGAGCAAAGACCCGUCUUCUUGCCUCCUCAACACUUGAUGUUGGGCGACAUGUCAUUCUGCAGGCUGGCUCGUCGGCAUCCGUAUUAGCUUGGCACGCGCGAGCCGUCGGUCGGCGGCCCGAGGAGGAAGACUGGCGCUGA